AUGCUCAUAACAUUACUACUCCGACUAGCGCUAUUGCCGUUAUCAGUGUGUAUUGCAUGCACUACGAUAAUCGUGUCGAAAGGCGCUUCCAAGACCGGUGUACCGAUGGUAGCUCACACAGCUGAUUGUUCCGAGUGUGACACGCGGCUUGCUCUGAUCCCUCCUCGAGAUCAUCCGAGCGGCGCCGUCCAUGCAGUGUAUGGUAUCGGCCAUCUUUACCCCCGAACCUGGUCCGACCGUGCAGCCAUCUACAAUGACCCCAACCAUAUCGCUACCUCUAUCAAUGCGACUGUUCCUGAGGCGCCUUAUACGUUCGGCUACUGGGAGUCGGAAUAUGGCAUGAUGAACGAGCAUGGCCUUGCGAUGGGGGAGUCCACGACUGAGGUCAGCGUCCCUGGGAAGCCAGGAGUAGACUUGCCGGACCCAGCCACUGGUGAAUACGGCCCAGCGGUGUUCUCUAUACGAGAGCUGACUAUGAUCGGGCUGGAACGCUGUAAGACUGCGGUCUGUGCCAUCCAGAGCAUGGGCGCUAUGGCCGAGCGGUAUGGUUUCUACCCGGAGAACUGGCAGACUGGAGAGACUCUAACAUUGAUUGAUGCGACCGGCGAUGGAUGGGUAUUUCACAUAGCGCAAGACUCCACUGGUAAAUCGGCAGUAUGGGCAGCCCAGAGGGUCCCUGACGGUCACGUUGCCGCUAUUGCUAACCAGUUCACGAUCAAGGAGAUACCACAAACGGCUAAUGAAGACUUUAUGUUCUCUUCCAAUUUACGUUCGGAAGCAUUGACUAUGGGCUUAUGGGACGGCCAGGAGCCCUUCAGCUGGAUUCGUGUGUAUGGUACGGUAACUCUACAGCUGCCCAUGUACAGCAGUGUCAGGAUCUGGUCGGUGUUCCGUCGUGUGUUACCAAGCGCUACACCUGAGUUCCACGAGAAUCCCUUCGACCUGCCUUUCUCUGUGCCGGCGGACCAUCUGCUUGGUCUGGAGGAGGUGAUGGAUAUCUUCCGCGACAAUUAUGAAGGCACUCAGUUCGACCUCACAAAGG